ACGUAAGAAAUAUAUUAGCCACUCUGUUGUUUCGAAUAGACAAAUUCCAUUUUCAUUUAGAUGAGAUUGGCAUGUGUUGGCAAAUAUCCAAGGAUACUUAAUCAGUUGUGUCUUUUAACUGCAUCUAGUGGUGUGCAAAUUUACUGGUGAACAUGCCAUUCAGAAUGCCCCUUUGUGAAUUUAUUUAUAGGAGGUUAGUUUAUUGUGUUUACAGCUUAUUAUCAUAUUAAAUGUAGGCAUUUUGAAGAAAGCUGAGAGUUGUUACUGGAUUAAUGGGAAGCAUGACGCUUAGCAAACAUUUGAUGUAAUGAUAUUGCCGCCUUGUUUGGUCAAAUUUUGAUUCCCCUAUAAAUUCAAUAUUUCCCUUCAGUCAAUGUAUUUGGUUAUUGAACAUUUCUUCUUGUCUCAGGAUGAAGUGAUGCAGACUGCUAAAGAUUCAGAAAAUAGAUACACUCAAAAGGGCAAAGAAACAUUGAAAUACGAUGGAAACAUGUCAACGGAUGACCAUGAAGAUAGCAUAAAUGAGACCGACAAAUAUGGUGGCAAUGAAAAUGGUGCAUCAUAUGAUGAUCAUCUUACUCCAGCUGAGAGGCGAUUUCUCCAGCAGACACACAAACUUGAGUUUCAAAGGCUGGCAAAGAUGGCAAGCAUGUCUCAUAGAGAUAGGAUUCAUCAGUUCAAUCAAUAUCUGGCCAAUCUUAGUGAGCAUUAUGACAUUCCAAAAGUGGGCCCUGGCUAACCAAACACUGCUGUUUUUAUUUUAUGCUAUUAGAUGUAUUGCAUUGUUGAAGUCAUAAAAAUAAGAAUAAUGUUUU